UGUUUACUCAUUGCUCACCUCCCCGCACCUCGGCAUCAAUUUCCGGUGUGUCUAAGUUAGCCUUUCUGGACUAGCCAGUGCAGCCACCCACAACAACAAAAUCAACAAGGCUACCUACAAAGACAACUUUUCAUACCGUCAGAAAACGCACUCAAAGUAGCAUCGGAGACGGUCAUCAAUGUCCUUGGCCCAGCAUGUCUCUGUCGUCGAAGGCUUCGAUGAACCCAUCGAGGCUGACUACGUGAGCUUACGCCUCUCACGCCAACCGAGCCUGCAGUUGAGUUAUGAUCCUAUCCCUCCGACACACGGCCCAGGCCAGGUCGUCGAGAAACUCGAGAACAUCGCUGCUUAUGAGGUAUCUGUGGGCAAACGAAUAGCCCAGAUCCUGGUGGGAGUCAUUUCCUGUGUGCUAGCUUCGGGGAUUGUAUUUGGCUUUGACGCUCUGAAGACCAUCCUGGUCGAGGAGGGCGUGUAUCGAAAAUACUGCACCGAAGAAGAGCUCCGACACGACCUUCGCUUGUGCUACUUGCAGGACCAGAAACUCAACCUCACAUUCAUCAUCGCGUCCGUCACCACCAACAUCUCCGCCCUGCUUGUCGGGAGAGUGCUCGACACAUACGGCCCCCGGAUAUGCGGUUUGAUCAGCUCGGUGUUUCUCCUGCUCGGCAGUCUCUGCAUGGCUUUUGCCCAGGACGUUACGGUCGAUCUGCUACCCGCAGGCAGCUUUCUUCUAUCACUCGGCGGCACAUUCACCUUCGUUCCGUCAUUCCACCUGGCCAACGCAUUUCCUCAGCAUCAGGGCCUGAUUCUGGCGUUGGUGACCGGCGCCUUUGAUGCCUCUGCUUCAGUCUUCUUGAUCUUCCGAAUGCUUUACCAGUCCACCAACGGCGCGUUCAGCCCUCGCCACAUUUUCCUGGUGUUCCUCGUCGUUCCGGUGUUCAUAUUCAUCACGCAACUCACCAUAAUGCCGACUAAGAGCUACGAAUCCCGCGGCGAAUUGGCGAACACCCUCGAAAAGGCCAAUGACGCGAUGCGCGAUGUGCACGACUCGGACGACGAGCUCGACACGGCAAUGGAGGUCAUGCGCAUACGGUCUGAGCGCGCCCAAAUGCGGAGACAGAGCAUCACAUCGAUCAACGAUUUGUUGGGAACACCCGCGCAGCAGGAAGUUCGCGAGCUGAAGGAGGACCAGAUCCGCGUCAAUAGUGGGGUCUGGGGCGUGCUUCACGGCGUUCCGGCCUCCAAGCAGAUACGCACACCGUGGUUUAUACUCAUUACGCUGUUCACCGUCCUGCAGAUGACGAGGUUCAACUUCUUCAUCGCCACAAUCUACUCGCAGUAUGUGUACAUGCUAAACUCGACGGAGGCUGCGAUCAAGGUCAUCGAAUUCUUCGAUCUGGCCUUGCCCAUCGGUGGGCUGGUUACGGUGCCGUUCAUCGGUGCCUUGCUCGACCAUACCAGUACGGUCGCUGUGCUGAAUCUCUUGGUCUUGUUGAGCACCAUUAUCGGUGUGCUGGGUGCCGUACCGACGUAUUGGGCUGCAUAUGCCAAUGUCACGCUGUUCUGUCUGUUCAGGCCAUUGUACUACUCGGCCAUGUCUGACUACGCUGCCAAAGUGUUUGGGUACGCCACCUUCGGCACCGUCUACGGCGCGAUCAUCUGCUCAUCUGGUCUCUUUACGUUUGCGCAAUCCGGCCUGCAAGCGCUCUUGCAUGACGGUUUCGACGACGACCCGGAACCGAUCAACCUGGGUCUCGCGACCGCCGGUCUAGUUCUUGGGGUGGCGUUGGUAAUGUACGUCGAUAUCCAGGGACGGGCAAUGCAGCGGGACCGCGCGUUCGCCGCAAUGGACGAACGAAGGCCUUUGCUACAACAGCAACGCAGUUUACGAGGACGACCAAUUCCAACGAGUAUGACUGCCGGCGCAAGUAUAAAUGGGGAGCCCGGCCUCUCUUCGAGUCUGAGGGCAAGUGGUUCCGGUGCGACUGCUGGAUUGGUAGGCGUAGGGAUCGGUAAUAGUACUGCCACGGACGACCCCGAGCGACAUCGACUGCUGGACAGGCCUAGUCGGCAGGCCUUGUUUGAUCGCGCGUUGUCGACAGUGCAGGAGACGAGGGAGCCGGAAACUCCGUCUGCAGAGACCGAGGCCUUUCCCGCUUUUCCAUUUUGAUAGCUGAGGUCUGUAUCAUAUUUCGAAGUCUGCCGUUCAACAGCAUGUAUUGUUUCACAUUUUUGCAUUUGUUAGCGUCGUCAGCGCGAGCGUU